CUGCUUGUGCGUCUAUUGCCCUCGUACUCGCAACCGACCCCGCUCCGCUCGUUACAUACUAUUAUUGAAAACGUUACGCCGGCCGCGAACUGACGACGUCUUCGACUCUUCGUGUCGCGUGUGCGCGUCUCGAGUACGCGGUCGUGCUUUCCCGUUCUGGCUUCGCGUACUCGUUAUAUCGUUAUAAUUUACAUUAUAAUAUAUUGUUUUAUAACGUGUGUGAACGCCGCCAAUCGUGUCGUCCUACGUUACAACGCGGAAAACACACGUCCUUUACGUAUCGGCGUUUCACUUCCGGUGACAAAAUUUUUUUCAUUGCGAUACCUUUUUUUUACCGUAUGAUCCGAAUCCAACACACGUCGUGCGUCUCCGGCACACUCGCCUAUCGUUUUUAGAAUUUUCCGUUUUUUUUUUGGAAAAAUGUUAUAUUUAUUCUGAUUGAUUUUCUUUUCGGCAUUUUGUUUUUGUCGUCGUGGUCCGACAGGUGGACUUUAAUGUGCUAUAUGUGCAAGAUAACAACACAACUAUUGUAUUAUAUAAUAUUAACCAUAACAAUUAAUAGUUUCGUGUGUCCCAUAAGUAAAUACCUAAUUGAAAUUUUAUUCAAAUAUUGAUGAGUUUUUUAAUGCCUAUCCAAUAUUAUGUUGUAUCGAAAAUCGUGUUAAAUUAGGAAAAUAAAAAAAAACAGUCCCUCAAUCAUCAUAUUAAUAAUUUUCGAUUAAAUGUUUUCUCGGAUAAUCAAUUACUAAUAAUGUAGUUAUGUUUCAUAAAUAAUAAUGAAUAGACUAAACUUUCUAGUAAGAGCAAAUAAAUAAAAUAUACAGAUCUCUUGAAAGAAAAAAAAAAUAAAGUGGUCCAAAAGAAAAGCGAUUUAUUUGUAUUUAAUCGCUAUCGGGUGUGCGGGAAAAGCGUAAAAAUCAAAAUUUCACAUCGCAUAAGGUCGAAUGCCGCGAUCACCGUGACAAUGAGCCACUGCUAAAGUAAAAGCGUUUCAAAUCAUAUUUCCCUAUACCGCAGUGCAGUGUCUUUCAAAAUUAUAAAUAAAUUGUAUAGUAAACGAUUACGAGUGAUUUUCUUUCUAACAGUCGUUUGGAUAGUUAAUAACAUACAAUAUAUCUUGUGUCAAAAUGGUUCUAGUUGAACAAUAUCCACCAAUGACGAUCUUAUAUGACCCAACAAUUAAAAAAGAUUCUACAACCAAUGGUGUUGCAUCUCCACAAUUCGCCAACGAACAAGAGCUGUGUCUUAUGUACUUUGAUAAAUGGAGCGAACAGCACCAAAUCGACUUUGUCGAACACCUAUUGGCACGCAUGUGUCACUACCAACACGGACACAUAGACACAUAUCUAAAACCUAUGUUACAGAGAGACUUUAUAUCUCUCUUACCCAAAAAAGGCCUAGACCAUGUGGCCGAAAAUAUUUUAUCUUACCUCGACGCCGAAUCUUUAUAUGCUGCUGAGUUGGUAUGUAAAGAAUGGUAUAGGGUAAUUUCAGAAGGUAUGCUUUGGAAAAAGUUAAUUGAACGUAAAGUACGUACAGAUUCAUUAUGGCGAGGGCUUGCUGAACGAAGAGGGUGGAUUCAAAACUUGUUCAAACCAAAGCCAGGUGAACACCACCCAGAUCAUUUCUCCUACAGGGCUCUGUUUCCUAAAAUUAUACAAGACAUAGAAAGUAUAGAAUCAAAUUGGCGAACUGGCCAUUUUCUAUUACAAAGGAUAAAUUGCCGAUCAGAAAACUCCAAAGGUGUAUACUGUUUACAAUAUGAUGACAAUAAAAUUGUCUCAGGUUUACGUGAUAAUACCAUAAAAAUAUGGGAUAGAAAUACAUUAGAAUGUGUUAAGGUAUUAACUGGCCAUACCGGGUCAGUUUUAUGUUUGCAAUAUGACGACAAAGUGAUUGUGAGUGGUUCCAGCGAUAGUACAGUUCGUGUAUGGAAUGUUGUUACUGGUGAAAUGGUCAAUACUCUAAUACACCAUUGUGAAGCAGUCUUACAUUUAAGGUUUAGCAACAAUAUGAUGGUCACUUGUUCAAAAGAUCGUUCAAUAGCUGUAUGGGAUAUGGUGUCAGCUAGUGAAAUGACUUUGCGCCGUGUCUUGGUUGGUCACAGAGCUGCAGUAAAUGUUGUCGAUUUUGAUGAUAAAUACAUCGUAUCAGCUUCUGGAGACCGUACUAUUAAAGUAUGGAAUACAUCAAGUUGUGAGUUUGUACGUACCCUUAAUGGUCACAAACGUGGUAUUGCCUGUCUUCAAUAUAGAGAUCGAUUAGUAGUUAGUGGAAGUUCUGAUAAUACCAUCAGGUUGUGGGAUAUUGAAUAUGGUGCUUGUUUAAGAGUACUUGAGGGCCACGAAGAACUGGUACGAUGCAUUAGAUUCGAUAGUAAAAGAAUUGUCAGUGGCGCAUAUGAUGGGAAAAUCAAAGUAUGGAAUUUAGUAGCAGCUUUAGAUCCCAGAGCACCAGCAUCUACUUUAUGUCUACGUACACUUAUGGAGCACUCGGGACGAGUGUUUCGACUCCAGUUUGACGAGUUCCAAAUAGUCAGCUCUUCACAUGAUGAUACAAUACUUAUUUGGGACUUCCUCAACUAUAAUGAUACAAAUAAUUCAGCUGCGGGUGCAAAUGACGCCCAUCCUCCUUUACCUCCUGGUUUUGAUUAACCCAAUGGGCUAGUCGUCCGUAAUUGACUGGAUAAGGUUUGUGUAUAAUCAUAUACAGAACUCGUUUUAAAAUAUCACUAAAAGAUGGUAAAACAAUAUUCUAUCACAUCUUGUUCUCAUUUUAUUUAUAUAUAUAUAUAUAUAUAUAUGUAUAUUGUAUAUAUAAAAACAUUAUAUAUUUAUGUAUGUAUAAUAUAAUUAAUAACUACAAAACGCCCAAAAUAACUGUGCCAAUGUUCAGAUGUUCUCUAUUACCCUUAUAUAUAGGUACACGUGAUGUUUCUCUUUUCAAAUACACUAUAUUUAUAUAUGCAUGUAUAUAUAAUAUAUAUAUUUGUGUAUGUGUAUAUAUGUAUGUAUAUAUAUAUAUUAUA